AUCAGAUAUUGUAAUAGCGCAAAAUCUAUAGUUCAAUGGUUUUCAUUGGUCACCUGUUACAAAGAGCAGCUGACGCUUUUUUUUUUCCCUGAGGCGCACACAAGCACUCGUAAAUCGAUCGUUGUAAGAUAUAGAGGGGGGUGAAUUCUUCAAGUUUGUCUCUUAGCAACAGUAGAGAAACUUCCGUUUGCUAAAAGAAACCCUUGUGUCACUUCGGUGUUAUCACAUUAGUACUACUGGGACAAAUCGUAAUAAACAACUAUAACAGUAUAAGACAAAUUGUUUAGUCAUGGUGAUGUACAGUAUAGAUACUACGAUAUAAUCCAUAAACUGUAUAAAAAAAAAAUACAAACCAAUAAAUUUAUUUUACCCGAAUGACAUCAAGAAAGAAAGAUCAGUCAGCAAUACAGCUGGAGUUGAAUAGUCAAGAAGAUUGGGAUGAUGCUCUUGCAAAAAAAGGCCUUCUUGUUGUGGAUGUUUAUCAGCAGUGGGCUGGACCUUGUUUGGCCAUGCAAAGUAAUCUGAAAAAGAUUAAGAUAGAACUUAGGGAUGAACUUCUUCAUUUUGCUGUAGCAAAUGCUGAUAAGAUUGAUGCUUUGAAAAAGUACAGAGGGAAAUGUGAACCAACAUGGUUGUUUUUUGGAAGUGGACAUUUAAUUGGUGUCAUUAAGGGAGCUAAUGCACAACUUUUGCAGAAACAAAUAGUAGAAAAACUUCAAGCUGAACAUAGUGUCCUAAAAGGAGAAACUGAAAGAGUAGUGAUUUGUGAUCCUGCAAUGUCUGUAGAAACCGACAAAGAACAGGAACAGACAGCUAAGGAAGAAGAAGAGAAAGAAGUAGAUGAGGAGGAAAAUGAAAUUGUGGAAGGAAUGAAUGAAAUUCGGAGAAGGUCAAGAGCAAAAAUUAGUCAGUUUUCAGAAGAGGAUUUACAAAUUGGGAUGAUGAGCCAGCUGACAUUACCUCGACCUGUUACUGUAGCCAUAAUUAAGCCUGAUGUUGUUGGUGACGGAAUGGCUUAUGACAUUAUUAGAGAGAUUCAAAAUUCUGGGUUUGAAAUAGUGCAACAAGAAAACAGAAAACUUUGCCAGGAAGAAGUUGAAAAAUUAUAUGGAUCCUGUUUAACAACUGAAACUUUUGAAGAGCUUUUGACAUUCAUGACUUCCAAAGAAUGUCACUUACUUUUAUUGGCUAAAGAAGAAAAUGUUAUCAGUGAAUGGAUUGGAAAGAUGGGUCCUGAAAAAGUAAACCUAGCUAAAGAAACAGCUCCUGACAGUUUGAGAGCCCAGUAUGGUACAGAUGAUAUAAGGAAUGCAGUUCAUGGCAGUGCAGAUGAACAUGCUGUCUUAAGGGAAGUUUCCCUGCUGUUUCCAACUUUUCUAAAUCAACAGGAACUUGCUAAAGAUUCUUCUAAGGAACCAACCCAAGAUGAAAGACAGAUGCCAAGUGAAGGUAUAACAACAGAACCUUAUGAAGGUGAUGAUCAGAAUGAAAACACAACUCAAAAAGGCACAGAUAGAAACAAUACAUCUGUAGCUACAGAAAAAAACAAUGGUAUAGGAGAAGACCAUCCAUCAGAAUCAAAAAUAAACAAUAAGAAUAUGCACACAAAAAAUACAGAACACAAAAUAAAUACAGUCAAGAAAGAUGAUAAUCCACUACUUCCAGAGACAGGUCAAAAUGAAACAUCAACAGAUAAAUUACUGGGUGUAAUUAGAGAUCAAAACAAUACAGAAGAUAAAUCAUUGGCUGUCGAAAAAGAUCAACUCAAGAGAGACGAGAAACAACUGACUGGAGAGGAGAAUCAAGAUCAAAUUGCAGAUAAAUCAGCGGCUUCACAGAUAGAUCAAAUGAAAACAGAAGAUUGCUCACUAUCUAGAAAGGAGAAUCAAGACCAGACAGAAGAUCAGUCAUUGGUUAUACAAGAAGAGGAAAAUAAAACAGAAGAUUAAUCAUUGGGUACAUUAAAAUAUAAAAGAAAAAACAGAAGAUAAACUACUGAUUACAGAUAAAAAGUCAAAAUAAACCAGACAAAGUAUGGUAUCUAAAAAAAAAAAGUUUUAUAUCCUUAAUUUCAGAAAGAAGAGAACCAUAACAGCUAGUAAACUUUUCCACAGACCAUGAUUAUUGACAUAAAUUGAGAAAGUAAUUUAAUGAAAGUCGGUAAGAGAAAAUGUAAGUUAAUAGUUUGGAUAAAAAGGUAGAGAAUUAAGUAUUUUUUAAGUCACUAAAAUGUACAAAAACAAAUACUCAUAUUUCAGUAGUCAGCUGAGGUACACAAUAUAAGGUUCUGUGAAAAUAAGGGAAGCACGAAUUGUUUUCAGUAUAGCUAAAAGUAAUUUCUUUAAUAUGUUUACCUCAACUUAUACAUCUUAACGAGACUUGAUCAGUUUGUAACUUUGACUGAAUGUACUGUUUCAAACUGACAAAUCUUUAAUAGACAUAAAUUUGUAACCUUGAUUGCACUUGGUAUUUUAAAUGCACCAUCUUUCACUAGACUUCAGCUUAUGAACUUCACUGAAUUUAAUAGUUUCGUUUUGAAUGUACUUUCAAGUUGACAAUCUAAUACCUCAGUUGGUAUUCUUGGCCAAACUUGUAUUCAAUUUCAUCACCUUUAUAGACCCCAGUUUGCAAGAUUGACAAAAUUUGAUGGUUUCAGCUCUCAUCAGUCUUUAUUAGACCUCAUCUUGUAGCCAUGACAGCUUUAUAUUUUCAAUUAAACCUUUACCAACCAGAUCUUUUAAGCAUGGUCAAUUUUAUUUUUAAUUGAUUUGUCUUUAUUGGAUCUAAAUUUGUAACCUCUAAUACUAAUUUUAUUAUCUGCACUUCAGUCAUUUUACUAAACCUGAUUUAGAAAUCUUGCAGCAUCUUAUACUCCAUUAAUUUAACUUUAUCUAACUUUCUGUGCUUUUCUUUGCUCAUCUGUACUAAACAUAAUCAUGUAGCCUCGAUAAAAAUUAUUUCAGUUUUAGACUUUUUGUUGUGUCGUAGGCCAAGAUUGACAUUGAUCAAUUUUACUCCAUCUGAUCUUUAUCGUAAUCAGAGUUUAUCUUCACUUUUCAUAGUACACUCGACUUCGUACACUUUUGUUACAUUUAACAAACUUAUGUCUUAAGAACCUUACCCUUUAAUAAUGAUUUUUAUAAAAUUCAAGUUACUCAUUUUUUCAAGAUCAGGUUAUGAAGCCUGUUUUAAACUUAUUAGUUUCAUUCCUUAUAAAGACCAGUUUUGUGAAACAACAAAAAAGUUUAUCUACACAUUGUUAUUAAACCAGAUCCUAUAAUUCUAACUUAGUUUAUCUUCUUAGUGAAAUCUCGUAAUCAUGACUAAGUAUGUUUUUUAAAUGCAUUUUGACAAGACAAUAUCAUAACCUAGAUGUAGUUAAUUUUUUCACUUCACCCUAUUUCACACAUCUCUUAUUUUGUAACCUUAACUGUUUUCACUUUACUCUUCUUUAUUAUGCACCUGAUUAUAGAUUAACAACUAAUCUACAUUAGAUAUUCAGUGUAUUUAUUAUUAUAACUUUGUUUUUACUAAUUUAGAAUAUUUAUGUAUUAACUGUAAUAAUAAAAACACCAGGAAAUCGAAACAUAAUUUAUACAUCAGAUAUUUUGUUGUACAUCUUUAUGAACACCUCCUUGUAAGUCAUAUUGAGCAUACUAAAAUACAUUUUUUAAAGAUUUUCCUUCACCUUUAGAUGACCUUGUAGUCUUGACUGUGUUUGUUAUUUUAACCUCACAUUUCUAUACACACCUUACUUCGUUAUUAUAAUUAUAGUAUUUUUACUAAAACUUGUAUUAUAUUAAUGACUAAGUUUACUUUCAUCACUUAACUAUUAAAACAGAUCUUGUAAAUUUGGUCAAGGUUAGCUCAUCUUCCAGCAGCACAACCUUGUAAGUUGGUAUUUUAAUCUUCAUUCAUCUUUCACAGAGAUGAUCUUGCCACUUCAAAUUAAAUUUUUUUCUUUUUUCUACUCAUAUGUCAAACUUAAUAUUGUCAACAUGUAUAGUUUUAACUCCAUUCAUUCUUGACAAAACUAAUGUUGUAAACCCGCACACACUUAUAUUUUCUAAACAUGGUCCAUGCAAUCUUGGUUGAAUUUAUAGUCAUAUCAGUUGUCUUUUUUAGGCACACUCUUCUUACCAAGUUUAAGUGUGUUAUCUUCACUGGACAUGAUCUUUUAAACAUGACCAAGGCUGCAUUUUUAAUGAAGAACAAUGUGACAUCU